AUGGGAUUAAUGGAGGAUGACCGGGAGUAUGUUGAUGGAAUUUCAAUUGCAAGUGAACUUGGUUCCGGAUCUCAGCUAAGGAAAUUAUUUACUAGAAUGCUGAUGACAAACUUGAUUUCCAGGCCACAAGAAGUUUGGAGAAAGUCUUGGACUCUUUUAAGUGAUGGGAUUUUAUAUGACAGAAGAAAAGCACUCAACAUUCCAGGAACUGGAAAAACAUUUGUUUGGAAUAUAUUAUAUGCUGCUUUGCGUUCAAGGGGCCUUAUCGUCUUAAAUGUCGCAUCUCGCGGAAUUGCAUCUCUAUUGUUACCUGGAGAUAGAACUGUUCAUUCAAGGUUUUCUAUUCCUAUUUCAAUAAAUGAGAUAUCAACCUGUAAUCUUCGUCAAGGUUCCCCAAAAGCUCAAUUAUUGAAAAAAGUAAGCCUAAUUAUUUGGGAUGAGACACCUAUGUUAAACAAACAUUGCUUUGAAGCUUUAGACAGAUCUCUAAAUGACAUUAUGAAGACUCAGUCUACCCAUGGUUAUGACAUUCCAUUCGGAGGUAAAGUUGUGGUACUGGGAGACGACUUUAGACAAAUACUUCCAGUUAUUUCUAAAGGAAGCCGUUCUGAAAUUGUCGGUUCAGCUAUCAAUUCUUCAUAUCUGUGGAAGCAUUGCAAGGUAAUGAAGUUGACUGUUAAUAUGAGAUUGCAAAAUGCUACAUCAACUUCUACAGCAGCAGAAAUAAAAAAGUUUGCAGAUUGGUUGCUUCAAGUGGGAGAUGGUACAGUUAAAACGAUUGAUGAGGAAGAAACACUUAUUGAGAUUCCUCCAGAUCUUCUUAUUGAACAGUGUAAGGAACCGUUGCUUGAAUUAGUUAAUUUUGCAUAUCCAAAACUUGCACAUAAUUUGCAAAAAAGUUCAUUCUUUCAAGAAAGAGCGAUCCUUGCACCAACACUUGAAAGUUUAGAGGAAAUCAACAACUUUACGUUAGCAAUGAUUUCUGGUGAUGAAACAUAA